AAGGUCCAGCAACGGUCUCACUACUGCUGAUUUGUUUUCAUUAAUUCUUUUUGGCGAAUAAAUUAGGACAAAUGAGGCAUCCUAGCGGAAGAUGCGAAUUGUGACCAGCGGGCCGAAGCAGCGACAUGCGAGACCGACACUAGCGAAUCACCAUCACCUGGCCAGCGUUGUAAGGGAUUCCCGGAAAGCCGUACACCUCGAUCGAAACCUAAAACCAGUGGAGCUCCCGCAGUCGAGCAAGUGGUUCCUACAUGUCCCCCCGCGCCGAGCGACACCCCUUCUCCAACACCUCGACCAGCCAAUGUAAAUUUUAAUUGAAUCCAAUUGAGCGCACACCCGAAAAAGACGCACGCACCAAAACGAAGCCGCAAACCAAAAGCACUCAAAACGGAGGGCUCCGUUGGACAGAGAAUCCGCGCUUAACCUGGUGCAAUAAAUGGACAUAAUUGCUCUAAUUGGAGAGCAGAGCAGCAGCAGUAGCAGCAGCAGUGGCAGCAGCAGCAGCAGUGGCAGUGGGACUCGGAUUGGGAUUGGAGGAGGAGCACCCCCCGGACAAUAGUAGGAUGGCACAAUUCACACUCUACAACAAACACAGCGCGCCGCCCAGCAGCGAUAGUACGCGCGUGGACUGCGAACACGUACCGCUAUGCUCCAUCAACGAUGUGCAGCUAAGGUUUCUGGUGCCCGACGAUCUCACGGAGGUGCGCCAGCUGUGCCAAGAAUGGUUUCCAAUCGACUAUCCACUAUCAUGGUAUGAGGAUAUUACCUCAAGCACGCGCUUCUUUGCGCUGGCAGCUGUAUAUAAUCUGGCCAUAAUUGGUUUAAUCGUUGCCGAAAUCAAACCCUAUCGAAAUGUCAACAAGGAGGUAAUAGCCAAUAUGAGUGAUAGUGAUGAGUUGUACACCAGGCUGAGCGGUUUUCCCAUGCAGGACAAGGGCAUCCUGCCGGACUCGAUGGGUCGAUCCGCCGACGUUGGCUAUAUCCUGUCGCUGGGCGUCCAUCGUUCGCAUCGAAGAAAUGGCAUUGGAUCGCUGCUGCUGGACGCGCUUAUGAACCACCUGACAACGGCCGAGCGGCAUUCGGUGAAGGCGAUCUUCCUGCACACGCUGACCACGAAUCAACCUGCCAUAUUUUUCUACGAAAAGAGAAGAUUCACGCUUCACUCAUUCCUGCCCUACUACUACAACAUACGGGGCAAGGGCAAGGACGGGUUCACGUAUGUGAACUACAUAAACGGCGGCCAUCCACCCUGGACACUAUUAGAUCACAUCAAGCACUACGCGUCGAAGGCGCGGUACACCAGCAGCCUGUGUGCCUGGGUGGCAAAUCGAGUCCAGCAGGUGGUGCGGUGGUUCUACCACAAGCUGCUCACCCGCUUUAACUUCAUCGAGUAGAUCGAAUCGAGGAGGACUACAGCAGAACUGGCCAAGCAUCCGCAUCCUUCCGAGACACAAGCACUUUGAUGAUGGCAAUGAUAAGUGUGUGUGUUUGCAUUAUGUCAUCCCGUCGAGCAUAAACAAGCAAACAUUUAUAUUGUACACUUGCACCCACUCACCACACCGACACACCUUCAUUAUAAAUGUUAGGCAACACCUCCGCAAAAUCAUUACGUUUUUAUACAGAAAAAAGAGAAUGAGAUCUAGCAAAGAACAACAUCAAAGGCAUAAGUUGAAAGUUGUAACAUAAUUCGAUAAGUGUAUUAUUACGUUUUAAAAGAUAUCUAUCUGUUCACUGCUGUAAAUAGUCGUAUGAUGUUUUUGUUUGAACUGCUGUAACCGAGUGAUUUUGGAAUAAUCCUUUCUGUAGCCCGUGUGUAUGUUUUUUUCUUACGUUUUAAGUUCCACGCACAAGACAGUCAUUUAGUUUAGCGACAACCAACAACAAAGAUGCUCAUGCUUUAAUGCUUAAUUUAUGAAAUCUGCACGUAAAUAGCUUUGAACUGAGACCGAAUUAAUGUUAUAUGGCAAAAGAAAACCAGUUGAAUACAAUACCCAACCAACUACGAAAACAAUAUUCAUUUGAAAUUAAACUCUGUUCGCUGUUUCUAUAGUAUUUUGUAAAAGUAUUUUAAUGCAUAUUGUUUCGCCGCUAAUUCUGAUUACUUUAGGCACAAUUUAUCUAGCAAAUUGUAAUAUUUUUAAAAAUAAAAACUUGUAAAGUUA